GUCAAGCCGCUGAAACUGUGUUAACGAGCAAGGCAUCUCGGAAGUCGGUUUAGGACAUGCCGAUCUCGCACGGUGAUAAAACUUAUUCCCGGAUAACGGCCUGCACCUUCCUUUUCCACAUCUUCUGCUGUUGCACCUCGCUGGCGCAAGGUUGCUCCUUCUUCAAGUCUUUCGUACGAUCUCUGUACCUGAUUCGCCUUUAGAGACAGUCAGAUGCUCGACGGCGCUGGAAAGCGGUUGCAUUAUUGACAAAUCGCUGCAACAAUCCCCGGGUAUUUAUCCUUGUGGUGCAAGCGCACCUGCUACGAGACACGCAUCUCCACUUUCCGGCACUAGCUCUGCACUUUGGUAGGCUACAGGGUCUUUUUAAAGAUGCACAUGCCCCAGCAGUUCGAGAUGCAGAGCCGUGUCGUCUGUCAUCUCAUCUUCGACCCUGCCAUAGGUCGCACGACCACCCCUCCUCCCAUGGACCGCAAACAUCAUGAGCGAAUCUAGAGCAAUGUCAGUGUCCGAGGAUAAGAAAGAGGUGGAGCGGGAAAGAGACACUUCACGAGAGUUGGAUAUCGAGAAGAGAGGACCGCAAGAGACACUGCAACGGCAGGUCUCAGGACCGCCAUACUCGGUGUUUAGCUCAAGAAUGAAGACAUGGAUCAUCUUUCUCGUCUCCAUUUCGGCUUUGAUCUCGCCAUUUGGCGCAACUACAGUGCUCCCUGCGCUUAAUGUUCUUACCGACGUACUGGGCAUUACACCUACCAAAGCUAACAUAUCGAUCACCACCUACAUGAUCGCACAAGCAAUCGCUCCAGCCAUCAUUGGUGCUAUGUCAGAUACUAGUGGCCGAAGACUAUCUUUCAUUCUUUGCUACGUCAUUUAUAUUGUUGCCAACAUUGGGCUCGCCCUUCAGACUAAUUAUGUGGCGCUUCUCAUCCUGCGUAUGGUGCAAGCGGUUGGAUGCAGUGCUGCCAUUGCUCUGGCUUUUGCUAUCGUGUCAGACAUAUCGACUUCUGCUGAGCGAGGAAAGUUCAUGGGUUAUGCCGGUGCAGGGAUCUUGUGUGGCCCGGCGUUUGGCCCAACCAUAGGAGGUAUUCUGGCGCAGUACCUGGGAUGGCGAUCCAUUUUCUGGUUCCUCGCAAUUUUCUCUGGUGUACUGCUCGUUGUAUUCGCAUUUCUCUUCCCUGAGACUUGCAGAAAUGUGGUCGGCAAUGGAUCCAUACCAGUAAGAGGCAUCAACCACUCGGUCAUCAGUUUCAUCCAACAGCGCAAACUCGCCAAGCAGUCAGCUCUCGCCGAAGACGAUCACGAAACUGAUGCGGCUACUAAGCCAGCAAAACGCAAGAUCUCACUGAACCCGCUCGCAACCCUUCGUAUCCUCGGCGAGAAAGAGUCCUGCAUCAUUCUCCUGUAUAACGGCUUCUUCUUCACAGGCAUGAUGGUCACCACAUCCUCCAUUCCAGAUCUGUUCAAGCAAGCGUACAAUCUUAAUGAACUCGACUUAGGACUAUGCUACAUCGCAAAUGGCAUUGGUUCACUCAUCUCUUCCUUGACUAUGGGUCACGUCGUCGACUGGAACUUCAAACGCCAUGCUGCACGGUUGAACAUGCCCAUCUCUAAGGGCAAGCAGCAGGAUCUGAGCAAUUUUCCAAUAGAGAGAGUAAAGCUUGAGAUUGUCCUACCGGGACACGUAAUUGGCAUACUGGGUUUGAUCAUGUUUGGAUGGACAGUCAAAUUCCAAACUCAUCUAGCUGGACCGGAGGUCGCCCUGUUCAUAACUGGCUUUGGCAUAUCGACUGCAUUCAACAUCACGAACGGACUGCUCAUCGACCUUCACCGCGAUAAGCCUGCCGCAGCGACUGCAGCGAUCAACUUCGUCAGAUGUCUGAUGAGUGCAGCAGGGUCGGCAGCAAUCAUUCCGAUGUGCAGAGCCAUGGACCCAGGUUGGGCAUUUACGUUCAUUGGGUUGGUGUAUGUUGUUUUGAUUUGGGUAGUAGUUUGGAUAAUGAAGAACGGACUGAAGUGGAGGCAGAAGGCUGCGGACGUGAUGAGUCUCGAUGAUUGAUUGAUUCAAUGAUUCAACAUACUAUGUGAGUCUAAGCCUAUGGGAGAAUAGAGAAGCUUUUGCUCCCCAGGUAAUGCAAAAUGUAUUUACAGGAGGUUGAGAUCAAUGAAGAAACUGAUUGAUUG